CGGAGCCCCCGUCUCGGUGCCACUCCCGGUUCCCCCCGGGCAGCGCAGGCGCCGCACCGGUGCCAGCAGCGCCCACCCCUUCCGCUUCCGCCGCCGGAGCCGUCGCCAUGAUCGGGGACCUGCUGCUUUGCGGGACGCUGCUGAUGAACGCCGGUGCCGUGCUCAACUUCAGGCUGAGGAAGAGAGACACGGAGGGCUUCGGCGAGGAGUCGAGGGAACCCACGACCGGUGACAAUAUCAGAGAGUUCUUGCUGAGUCUCAGAUACUUUCGAAUCUUCAUUGCCUUGUGGAAUGUCUUCAUGAUGUUCUGCAUGAUUGUGUUAUUUGGAUCUUGAAAGUCAUCCGCAAACAUGUCUGUUAACUUAGAAGAGACUUUUGGCUGGAAACAUAACUUUUCUAUAAAGUAAAAGCUUAUAACACUUUCAAAAUACAGCCCUGGGAUAGUGGCCUGUUCUUAGGUACAAAUUCCUAACGUGCUCAGGGGACGGGACAUGUUCAUCCUCUUCAGCCAGUCGUGUAAUAAUAUGAUACAUACUGCUUCGCUUGCCCCAGGGGUAUUGAGCAUUUAGGCCCCUGAGCCAAAAUCUUCAAAGUAAAAUUAUUUCAACUUUACUGAAAUAAAGAGAACUUCAGAUUGUUUUGCUAGGCUUAGAGCGUGGUGCCCAGCACGCAGGACAGAGUUGGAGCAUGACUGAAGACUACAGUCUUAAAACUCUGCGUUGUUACUCACUCCCAGCUCGUGAUGUGUCUGCUAAUGUCACCGUUGUCUAGGUCACUUGGAAGUUGCACUUCCUGAUUCUCAUUUUUAUAAAGUUGAGCAAAGUAUCAGUGUAACUUCUCCCUACUCCAUUUAGUUUUGUUGCAGAAAUAGAAAAAGAUGGUUAAGAAAAAUUGGAUUCUCACCUUCACAGUUUUUCCAACAAAAUUUCAAAGAUAACAUCUUUUUGUUCUAAGCAAUAUGUAAGGGAUUUUGAAUAGGAAAAAUAGCAAAAAUAUUCUAUAAGCCAAUCCUAAGGAAUAGUUUUGGAAUAGUCUUGAAUUUGGUUGAAUAAAGUUGUUCUAUUUAAGGAUAAAA